CCGCGGGCAGCCAAUGGGUGCGCGGGGGGGGCGUGCCCGGGCGAGGUUCGGGUGUCCUUGCAGGGCGCUGGGCUAAACUUCACCAAAUAAUGGCUGUUGGCGCCGGGGCUGCCGGGGAGCCAUUUUAGAAAUAACAUUCAUCCCUGAUUUGAUGAUAAUGAAAAUACAGAAAAAAGACAAGCAGCCACACAGCUUAAAAGUGCUGAGCUGCUCCCCAAUGUCGGAUGCCUCGGACACCUGGGAGUGCAAGGCGCAGGGCCCCGUGGCCGGCAGCGAGGAGCAGCAGUCCCAGCAGGUGACGGCCACAGAGGCAGGUGGGCAGUGCCUGUGCCCUGAGGAGCAGCCUGACGGGGCUCCACUGCAGAGGCCAAGUGCCCAGAAUGGGAUGCAGGACACUGGGGCCGUGGGCACGGGGGUGAAGAAGAAACGGAAGAAAAAGGAUUUGGGAGAGCAGGAAGGAGGAGAAAAAGCAGCUGCGGAGGUGAAACCAAAGAGGAGAAGAGAGCCUAAAGAACCAAAAGAGCCUAAAAAGGCCAAGGAGCCCAAGAAGCAGAAGGAACCCAAGCAGAGGGAGGUGACCAGGAAGCCCCGGAAACCUCGGGAGCCCAAAGUUCCCAAGGAGCCUAAAGACAGGAAGAGCAGCUCUGAGUCUGGCCCCAGAACAAGGCCAAAGAAGAGCAGCAAGGAGCAGGGGCCCACCCCUGUAGAGAGGAAGAAGAAAGGGAAGAGGAAAAAUGAGAUCCCUGUGGACAGCUUGGAUUUGGAUCAGGAUCUUCUGAGCCCAUCAGUACAGAGCCCUGAGGAGUCUGCGGAGUCAGCUGACAGUCAGAAACGACGCUCUGGCCGGCAGGUGAAGAGGAGGAAGUACAAUGAGGACCUGGAUUUCAAGGUGGUGGAUGAUGACGGCGAGACGAUAGCUGUGCUGGGAGCUGGGCGAACUUCUGCGCUCUCUGCCUCCACUCUGGCAUGGCAGGCUGAGGAGCCUCCUGAGGAUGAUGCCAAUAUCAUUGAGAAGAUCCUUGCCUCAAGGAUGGUGCAGAAGGAGACUCAUCCUGGAGGCCUGACGUUUGAGAUGGAGGAGUUCUACGUCAAGUACAGGAACUUCUCCUACCUGCACUGUAAGUGGGCAACUCUGGAGGAGCUGGAGAAGGACCCCCGGAUAUCCCAGAAGAUAAAGCGCUUCCGAAACAAGCAGGCUCAGAUGAAGCAUAUUUUUACAGAGCCUGAUGAGGAUUUGUUUAACCCAGACUAUGUGGAGGUAGAUCGAAUUCUGGAGGUGGCUCACACGAAGGACCCUGACACCGGAGAGGAGGUGACUCACUACCUGGUGAAGUGGUGCUCGCUGCCCUAUGAGGAGAGCACCUGGGAGCUGGAGGAGGAUGUUGACCCAGCGAAGAUUAAAGAGUUCGAAGCCCUCCAAAUCCCUCCAGAAAUCAAGCACAUGGAGCGCCCAGCAUCUGAGUCCUGGCAGAAACUGGAGAAGUCCAGAGAGUAUAAGAAUAACAACCAGCUGCGGGAAUAUCAGCUGGAGGGAAUGAACUGGCUGCUCUUUAACUGGUAUAACAGGCAGAACUGCAUCCUGGCUGAUGAGAUGGGGCUGGGAAAGACAAUCCAGUCAAUCACCUUCCUCUCAGAAAUCUUCCUGAUGGGCAUCCAUGGCCCCUUCCUCAUCAUCGCUCCCCUCUCCACCAUCACUAACUGGGAGAGGGAGUUUCGCACCUGGACGGAGAUGAAUGCCAUCGUGUACCACGGCAGCCAGAUCAGCCGGCAGAUGAUCCAACAGUAUGAGAUGGUGUACAGGGACACACAGGGCAAUCCACUCCCUGGGAUCUUCAAGUUCCAGGUGGUUAUCACCACCUUUGAGAUGAUCCUUGCUGACUGCCCAGAGCUGAAGAAGAUCCAGUGGCGCUGCGUGGUCAUUGAUGAGGCGCAUCGCCUGAAGAACAGGAACUGCAAACUGCUGGAGGGGCUGAAACUUAUGGCCUUGGAGCACAAGGUGCUGCUGACAGGCACCCCCCUGCAGAACUCAGUGGAGGAGCUCUUCAGCCUCUUGAAUUUCCUGGAGCCACAACAGUUUCCCUCAGAGACAGCCUUCCUGGAGGAGUUUGGGGACCUGAAGACAGAAGAGCAGGUGAAGAAGCUGCAGUCCAUCCUGAAGCCCAUGAUGUUGCGACGGCUGAAAGAUGAUGUAGAGAAGAAUCUGGCACCGAAGCAAGAAACCAUCAUUGAGGUGGAACUGACCAACAUCCAGAAGAAAUACUAUCGGGCCAUUUUGGAGAAGAACUUUUCCUUUCUGUCUAAGGGCGCCAACCAGCACAACAUGCCCAACCUCCUCAACACCAUGAUGGAGCUACGCAAGUGCUGUAACCACCCCUACCUCAUUAAUGGGGCAGAGGAGAAGAUCCUGGAAGACUUCCGUAAAACACACAGCCCAGAGGCACCAGACUUCCAGCUGCAGGCUAUGAUCCAGGCAGCUGGGAAACUGGUGCUCAUUGACAAACUGCUUCCCAAACUGAAGGCUGGUGGGCACAAGGUGCUUAUUUUCUCCCAGAUGGUGCGCUGCCUUGACAUCCUGGAAGACUACCUCAUUCAGAGGCGGUACACCUAUGAGCGAAUCGAUGGGCGGGUGCGUGGCAACCUGCGCCAAGCUGCCAUCGACCGCUUCUGCAAGCCUGACUCGGAUCGCUUUGUCUUUCUACUGUGCACACGGGCCGGGGGGCUCGGGAUCAACCUGACGGCGGCCGAUACCUGCAUCAUCUUCGACUCCGAUUGGAACCCACAGAACGACCUACAGGCUCAAGCUCGCUGCCACCGGAUCGGGCAGAGCAAGGCAGUGAAGGUGUAUCGCCUCAUCACCAGAAACUCCUACGAGCGGGAGAUGUUCGACAAGGCCAGCCUGAAACUGGGCCUGGAUAAGGCUGUGCUACAGGACAUCAACCGCAAGGGCGGCACCAAUGGGGUCCAGCAGCUCUCAAAGAUGGAGGUGGAGGAUCUGCUGCGGAAGGGUGCCUAUGGUGCUCUGAUGGAUGAGGAGGAUGAAGGAUCCAAGUUUUGUGAGGAGGACAUUGACCAAAUCCUCCAGCGCAGGACGCAGACCAUCACAAUCCAGUCUGAGGGGAAGGGCUCCACCUUUGCCAAGGCUAGCUUUGUUGCAUCUGGCAACAGAACUGACAUUUCCUUAGAUGACCCCAACUUCUGGCAGAAGUGGGCCAAAAUAGCAGAGCUUGAUACCGACGCCAAGAAUGAAAAGGAGAGCUUGGUCAUUGACAGGCCCCGUGUGCGGAAGCAGACCAAACACUACAACUCCUUCGAGGAGGAUGAGCUGAUGGAGUUCUCUGAGCUGGACAGUGACUCGGAUGAGCGACCUACGCGCUCACGGCGCUUCAAUGAGAAGACACGGCGGUACCUGCGGGCUGAGUGCUUCCGCGUGGAGAAGAACCUGCUCAUAUUUGGCUGGGGACGAUGGAAAGAUAUCCUGACCCAUGGGCGCUUCAAGUGGCACCUGAAUGAAAAGGACAUGGAGAUGAUUUGUCGAGCACUGCUGGUUUAUUGCGUCAAGCACUACAAAGGGGAUGAGAAGAUAAAGAGUUUUAUCUGGGAUCUCAUCACACCAACGAAGGAUGGCCAGAACCAGGCUCUGCAGAAUCACUCAGGUUUGUCAGCACCAGUGCCCAGAGGCAGAAAAGGGAAGAAGACAAAGAACCAAAUGCUGCUUCCAGAGAUAAAGAACGCAGACUGGCUUGCUACGUGCAACCCUGAGGUGGUGCUGCAUGAUGACAGCUACAAGAAGCACCUCAAACAACACUGCAAUAAGGUUCUGCUGCGAGUGCGGAUGCUGUACUACCUGAAGGCUGAGGUGCUCGGGGAGGCCGCUGACAAAGCCUUCGAGGGCACCCCUGCCAGAGAGCUGGAUGUGCUGCUGCCAGACAUCGACUACGUGGAGAUCCCGGUGGACUGGUGGAAUGCUGAAGCUGAUAAAUCUUUGCUCAUCGGUGUCUUCAAGCAUGGUUAUGAGAGGUACAACGCCAUGAGGGCUGACCCAGUCUGCUUCCUGGAGAAGGUGGGCAUGCCUGAUGAGAAGCUGCUUUCUGCAGAGCAGGGCAUCAGCGACGGGGCUCAGGACACUGCUGAAAGGAGCACCGUGGAAAAGGAAGAGAGUAAUGGAGAAAAGCUGGAUGGGCUGCCGAAGCAGGAGGACUCUGUGGCUGCUGGGGCAGGCGAAGCUGGUGAGAAGCGGGAUGAGCCAUCGGCAGCCCAGGAUGGCUCCGACUCAGACAGAUCCUGCUGGCCUGUCUCAUCUGCCCUCACAGCCAGGCUGCGGCGGCUCGUCACUGUCUACCAGCGCUGCAACCGCAAAGAGGUGCCUGCGCGCGGAGAGAUGCUGGUGCCUGGUAACCAUGGAUACUGGCUGCAAGAUGAGGUGUUCCGGAGAGCCUCUGAGAUGGACUCAGUGAACAAAGAGAUGCAGAAAAGGUGGACAAGGAGGGAGCAGGCAGAUUUUUACCGCACUGUCUCUUCCUUUGGGGUCAUCUAUGAUCAGGAGAAAAAGGUCUUUGACUGGACCCAGUUCCGAGCCAUAUCUCGUUUGGAGAAGAAAACAGAUGAGAGCUUAGAGAAGUACUUCUACAGCUUUGUGGCCAUGUGCAAGAGUGUCUGUGGUCUCCCACUGUGGAAAGAAGAUGGUCCCCCAGACCCCGACAUCUACGUGGAGCCCAUCACGGAGGAACGCGCUGCCAGAACCCUGUACCGCAUUGAGCUGCUGCGGAAGGUGCGCGAGCAGGUGCUGAAGUGUCCGCAGCUCCACGAGCGGCUCAAGCUGUGCCGGCCCAGCCUCUACCUGCCAGUGUGGUGGGAGUGUGGCAAACACGACCGGGACCUGCUGAUUGGCACUGCCAAGCAUGGCCUGAAUCGCACAGACUACUACAUCAUGAAUGACCCGCAGCUGUCUUUUUUAGAUGCAUACAGGAACUAUGCCCAGCAUAAAAGAACAGGGAUCCCAGGCUCAGAAACUCUGUGCUGCCUGUAUCAGACUAACUCCAAACUCUACAGUUCCCCUCUCUAUAGCCAUGUGGAUCGGACUUGCGAAUCCCUGGAGAAUGAGUCCGAGAGGCAGAUCAAGCUGGAAAACACUGACAGCACCAUGUCCCAGGCUGGGGGCAGCCCAUCAGAUGCAAACUGUGAAACAUUCAUGUCUAAAGUUCGGGACAUCAUUUCCAGUAACUAUGAUGAGAGCUCGCUGCCGGACUCGCUGAUGUGCAUGAUGUACGAUGAGAAGGCCUGCAACAGUGAGCAGAGCUCCCUCGCCCGAGACAGCCCGAGCUGCACAGAUGUUGGAAGCAGCAUUGCUAAACUGUCUGAGGGCAAGCUGGAGGGGGACGAGGAUCCAUCCAGCUGUGACGCAGAGGCCAUGAGAGAGGCUUCCUUCCUGGAGGGUUUGCAGGUGGGCUGUGACCAAAUGGACUGUCAGAAUGAAGAAGCCGAGCCUUCACCUUCUACUCCCGAAAGUGACCAUUCACGGAGCAUCCCAGCAGAGCUCUGCGAGGCCAUGCAGCAGAAGAGAGACCUUGGCAGCCCUGCACCAGUGCUGCCUGAGCACCGUGCCAUGGAAGGGGUCAUAAACAUGGGGCUAUACAGUCCCAGCAUUCACAACUAUGACAUGAAGGUCCCUCCUGAGCAGAGAUUCAUUAAUCUGCUGCAGGAGAAAGGAAUGGAGGCAAAAUCAGGUCCAAGUCAGAGCCACAGUGAGGAAGAUGAGGAGGAAGAGGACGAUGAUAACUCAGAUGCGGCAGCAGAUAUUGCAGAAGGCUUAAGUGAUCCGAGGGUCAGGACCAGUUGUGAUGAACUUGGGGGUGAGGAGCAGAGCCCUGGACUCCCCACACAUGAGGACGUUUGUCCUGAAGAUGUGAACAGUGAGAGAGAGACCCUGGGGUUGGGAACUCUUGAAAUGCCUGCAGAGCCUGGGCCGGAGGGCAGGGAGGACCACAGCCUGGAUGAGGAGAACACCCUGCAGCACUUGCCAAGCCAGUCUCAGAGCGGGGCUUUCAGCCUGUCUGCCCCUCCACCAGGAGCCCUGGGGGCACAGCCCCUAUGUGCCGGGGGAGAAGACUGGGGCCAAGAGGCUGAAGGGCAGGCAGGUUGCAGAGAGGCCCUGCACCCUGAGCCCCCGGGGGGGAAGCAAGAGGAGUGUGAGAUCAGAGAUGAGGAGGAGAAAACUGGCAGCAGCCAGAGUCAAGAUGGACCAGAGAAAUAUUUGGAGGAAGAGAGCAAGAGUUCAACUUCUCUCUUGCCUGGGGAGAUUGAUGACCUGCAGGAUGCCCGGGCACCAACCAUCGCCCAGCUGCUUCAGGAAAAGACACUUUACUCCUUCUCUGAGUGGCCUAAGGAUCGUGUGAUCAUCAGCCGCAUUGACAACAUCUGCCACGCCAUCCUGAAGGGCAAGUGGCCAUCCUCCAGCCAGCAGUUUGAGACCCAGAGCCUGCUGGCAGCCCCAGCCGUAGCCAGCAAUGCCAGCAGCAGAAACAGCUUUGCUGAGUCAGAAACCCCCGAUCCCAGCUACAACAAUGGAGUGUUAAUCUCACAGGUACAAAAGGAAGGCUUCCUGAACCCUGCCUUUGCAAAAGAUGAGCGGAAGCACAGGCGGCUGUAUGAGUUUGAGCUGGAGAGAGACACCAAGCAGAGGAGCUUGGAGCAGUUGGCAGCAGCCCAUGUUCAUCCUCCUAUCGUACUGAAUGGCUGGCGUGACGCAGCUGUGGACAUGUCCAGAGCCUCUGAUGGAUCCCCGGGGAACUCCUCUCCUUUCCCUCUGAAUACGAACAUGCCCAAGCUGGGGACUGUCAACACCCUCCAGGGCUCCCUGGGCAUGGACUUGUCUGGCAUUCUGCAGGCGGGGUUAAUCCAUCCUGUCACAGGACAGAUUGUAAACGGCAGCCUCCGAAGAGACGAUGCUGCCAUGAGGAGGAGACGGGGCAGGAGAAAAAAUGUAGAAGGGAUGGACCUCAUCUUCCUGAAGGAGAGGCCUCUUCCAACCAGGCUGCAGGACGUUCAGGAUGAUCAGCUGCAGCCGCCCCAGAACAGCCCCCUCCUAGAUGGGCCAGCAGCUGCUACCUCAACUCCGCAGCCAGUCCCAGCUGCAGGCAGCCAGGCCGAGAAGGCUGUCCCCAACAAGAGUCUCCUCGACUGGCUCCGUCAGCAGUCUGACUACACGCUUGACGUUCCCGGCUUCGGCACAAAUUUUUCAGACAAGCCCAAGCAGAGGAGGCAGCGCUGCAAGGACCCCAGCAAAUUGGACAUUAGUGCACUCACGGGCGAGGAGCGGGUGCCGGUGGUACAUAAGGGUACUGGACGGAGGGGCUACUUACCAGAAAGCAAAUUCAACCGUGUGCUGACUGAGCCGGUGCUGCGUGACACGGGGCCGCGCCGCAGGGGGAGGCGGCCCAGAAGUGAGCUCAUCAAAGGCCCCGGCGUCGUAGCAGAUUCUUCUGGAAUGGGACCAUUGUUCAUGAACGGGCUGAUUGCCGGAAUGGAUCUAGUGGGACUUCAGAACAUGAGAAACAUGCAAGGGAUCCCCCUGACCGGGCUGGUCGGCUUCCCUGCGGGCUUUGCGGCCGUGCCUGCUGGCGAGGACGUGAAGAGCACCCUGAGCAUGUUGCCCAUGAUGCUUCCAGGCAUGGCCACCAUGCCGCAGAUGUUCGGCGUCGGAGGGCUUCUCAACCCACCCAUGGCAACGACUUGUACCGCGACUGCUCCGACUUCCUUAACAAGCACAACAAAAGGUGGUACGUCGAACGCAGAGAAAGCUACUGAGGAUAAACAGAGCAGCCAGGAUGCGAAAAAAGAAACUCUUUCUGAAGAUAAGCCCGGCCCUAGUUCGUUUUCUAAUCAGACAGAAUCCGCAAUAACUACCAGUAGUCCUGUAGCUUUUAACCCGUUUCUUAUCCCAGGGAUGUCUCCCGGACUGAUCUAUCCGUCAAUGUUUCUCUCCCCUGGCAUUGGCAUGGCGCUGCCGGGCAUGCAGCAGGCCAGGCACGCGGAGGCAGCCAGCCUGGAGAGCCAGAAGCGGAAGAGAAAGAAAGCGAAAGGGGACGCAGCGAACCCAGAACCAGAAACUGUCUCGCUGCCCGAAAAAGAAGCUGCAAAUGGUCAAAACUGUACAGAGCAAACACCGCCUUUGCCAGCAGAGAAAGAGCAGGAUGUACCAGCAGAGGAGGAGGUCAAGGAAGUUAACGAUACCAAUUAGAACUUUUGUUUCAUUGAAAAAAAAAAAAAAGAUUGUGGCUUGUAAGUUUCUUAUCCCAUACCUAUUUGUUACUUACCCUCCUGCCCCCACUCCACCUUCAUAAACCUGUGUUUCCAUGAGUAAUAUUAUCUACCUAACUCCCUGUCAGAAAACUAUGGUGACAUAUGUUAAUAGUUGCAGGGUCUUGCCACUUUAUUAGAUAAACAGUGUUGUCUAGCUAGUGUGGGAGGCACAGAAUUCUUGUUCUGUUUUCCAGUCGUUCAUCCUGGCCGAGCAAAUCCAGUUCUUGGGCACCCCCUAAAACCGCUCACACAUUCGAGAAGAAAAGGAGGCAAAAACAGAGCAAAAGCAAAGCUCUCACCUCUCGGUCUGCACGCUGACAGGGGUGGUUCUUUCUCCAGCGACACUGAGUGACAGAGCCUGUAUUUGGGGGUAAAAAGCACAGCUAUAGUAAGUGCUGAUGUGUAUUUUUGAUUUGAAGUAUUUCCCUAUUUUAUCAUGGUUACUAGAAUAGUAGUAUAGACAGAAGUAUAUACCUAAUGAUUGAAAAUGCAUAUAUUCAUUUCUUUGAAACAAAGAGACAUUACUGGUAGUGGGAUAAUUUCUCCAUCAGCCCCACCUCAAAGGUCUGGAAGCAAAUGACAGUGAGGGACAAUGUUAUGUAGGCAUUCUUUUGUAUUUCUUCAAACCAAAGUUUGGUUUUAUGUUAAGUGGGGCUUUCGUUGCCCUUUCCUUGAUAGUUACGAGAGCUUUUCAGCCCGAGCUGAAAACGUGUUGCACAUCUUGCAUGACUUGUUGGGAUUCCUGUACCUGUCGCUGCCAGUUCCCCCAUGGCCCCGCUAGAAUCCCAUUCUCAUGUACGACGUUAGUCCUCCCCUAUGGCAUUAGGAGAGCUGUAACGUUGUUUUCCCAAGCCACAAACAGGCCACACUGAUUUUAAUGCUCUUUUAUGAACGCUGAGGCUUUUUGCGUUGCUGUCUGUUGGGGUCUGUGCGCAGAUGUGGCGUCUGUCAGAGCAGGGGAGGCUGCAGGCUGCGCUGCUCUGAGGGCAGAAGGACCACGGGAUCUCCAGAGCUGAGUUUGUUCUUCUCUACUAGUGGUAGACUGUGAAGAGAUCACAUUUGCUUCUUCUUUCCAUUCCUCUACGUGCUGUUGAACAGUAUUUCCGAGUCCCCCCUCCCUCAUCAGCAAAUGAUUUUGACGUACACGUUUUAAAUGGACAGGUUUUAAUGCAGUCGGUGCCCGAAACUCUGUGUAUGUUGAGACACCUCCACAGGCAACUCCUUCGUCCCUCCUUCCGCUCACUCCUUUCGUUUCCCCUUCACUUGGGCUCGUUCUCAUUUGCAGCUCAUGGUUUGAGACUUGAAGUCAGCGCGGCGGGCGUUGGGAGCGUCAUCGGUCACACAUCCGGUCGUCACAAUUUACUGUAUUUUUUACUUAUUUUCUGUUACAGUUUUUGCUAAUUUAUCGGAUGGUCCAAAUGUUUUGGCAUAACUAUUUCGAUUCGCAUUAUUUAUUUAUGAUGCUUUUUGUUGUUGUUGUUGUUGUUGUCAUUGUCUUUUAUACACUUGCAAUGAUAAAUGGUGUACAUGUUGAAAUCAGCAUCUCAAAGAAGUCUGUUACCCCCCAGCUGACAAGGUCAGACUUUCCCGGCCGUAUUCCCAGACUCCUGGAUUGGGUGAUUCUUUAAAUCUGUAACCAAUCAUGAUGAAACCCCCCCCAAUUAAAUGUCUUCUAUUUAAUGACUUCCUCGUAGCACAGAUACUGGAUCACUGUCGACAGAUUUCUUAGAAAUGCUGCUAUCUCUAUUUAACUAACAUUUUGUUCAGUUUUGCCUCCAGUGGAAGCAGAAAAGGGUUUUCUCAGCUGUUAAAUCCAAAAUCGAUAUAAUUUAUUUAUGUAAAAAAAAAAAAAAAAUCACGAUUGCUAUAUUUUUGAACCUUUUAAGUACUAACUUUCUUUUUAUUCAGUAGAAGAACAUGUACUUGCCCUAAAUCCUUAAAAUACAAAUGCUAUAAAACUUGCUGUAUCUUCAAGCCUUACUGUGACUGGACGCAGACAUCUCUUCAUGGUCCGUUUCUUGCACGGGAUGGUUUCUCCAGGGUUACGCUGGUAGGGAACAGGGUUGUAAGUGGCGUUUAUUUAAUUAGCUGGCAUGCUCUGUACCUUGUUCUAUUAUCAGCCGUGUCCGCUCCGUCUCUGGGUGUUUAGGCUUCUCUUUGACUGCUUUGUGACCCUUUUGCAACCCGAUGUGCUCUGUGCAUUACUUGCGCUGUGAGGCAUUGGCAGCUCCUUCUCAUUUUCCAUCCUAUCCCAAAGAAACGCCGACGUUCCGCGGGUUGUCCUGGAUCCCCACACAAACACAUCCCCACCAAACGCGCUAACAAAUAAAGGUCUGUGCUCUUGGAUGUGGAUAAAAAGAAAAGGAAAAAAAAACAAAAAACCAACAAAAAAAAAAACCAACAAAAAAAAGAUUUAAAGGUCAGAUUUUUAUUUUUUUAAUUUAGUGACGAGAUGAUGCUUAUCUUUCAGACUUGGCAGAGCCUUGCUACAGAUGUAUAUAAUUUUUUUCAGCAAAUAUAUGUGAACGUUUAAUUCA